CUCUAACAAUACCAUAGAAGAAGAACGGUGAGCGACUCUCCGCCAACAUGUCGCCUGUCAGGGCAGCCUUCGCAUUUGAUUUGAAAGAAUAAGCCUUGUUAUUUUAACAAGCGCUCACUCCGCUAACUAGUCUAAAGUAGAUGCGACACCAAAACAAUAUCCUGGUCCUGCAGAAUGUCCAAGAUCAGGCGGAAGGUGACAGUGGAGAAUUCAAAAACCAUUUCGGACAGCGGGAGCAGCAGCAGCACCACGACCAGCAGCACCACCAACCCCGCCGCCCCCUCUCGCCGGCCCAGCGUGUUUGAGAGACUCGGUCCCAGCACUGGGAGUAAUGCUGCUGAUAGUCACUGCAGAAAUUGGCUGAAGACCGGUACCUGCAGUUACGGCAACACUUGCCGCUACACACAUGGAACUCAGCCACGAAGCAAAGGAUUCACCUUCAGCCGGACAACCGAGAGGCCCACAGGUGACCUGCGGGAGAGGAUGAAGAAUAAAAGACAGGAUGUUGACCCGGAAAACCUCAAGCGAGACCUAGACGAGCCCACAUCCCCCACAGUGAGACAGAGAGAUCCCUCUAGAGGGCGACACAGAGAGAAGGAGGACAUAAAGAUCACAAAGGAGCGUACCCCGGCCAGUGAAGAAGAGCCUGCAGAGUGGGAAACUAAUCGUGAAGAUUCUGAUAUCGGCGACUACGACUACGAGUUGUCCCUCGAGAUGAAGCGGCAGAAAAUUCAGCGAGAACUGAUGCAGCUGGAGGAGGAGAACCUGGACAAGAGAGAAGAUAUAGUCAUCAAGAAAGACGAGACCCCCGCCAAGACCAGAAGCACGGGUUUGCCGAAGGUCUCUGACGAGCUGCUGAGCUCCAAAGAGUCGCCCGUGUCCAGAAAGUCCAGCGGCUCCCCAAAACACAAGAGUGGAGUCAAAGGGGCCGCGUCUGGGAAGAAGGAGAAGAAGUUAGCACUGGCAUUAGCCGUUUCAGAAACAACCAGACCAACAAAAGCGAGUCACAGCAAGAAAAAAGGCCCCCGCACGCCGAGUCCUCCUCCCCCUGUCCCGCUGGACAUUCCUGUGGUCGGGAAGAAGCAUAAAGGCAAACACAAAAACAAGGAGAAGACCGAGGAGAAGCAGAAGGAAGGGAAAGACCGGGGCAGAGAUACGGAAAAACACAAAGAGAAGAAGGAGAAACGCAGGGAUCGUUCAGAGAGUUCCCACAAGGCCAAGCGUGCGCUGACGUCAGAGGAGCAUUCGGGCAGCGUGUCGUCUCCCUCCAGAGACUCUUCGCCUCCAGCCAGGAAGAAGUCAGCUUCUCCCAAAGCUUCCCACAAAGCCUCGUCUCUAGCCUUCCCCCCCCAAAGGUCUCCUUCCCCGCUCCGCCACCAACGCAGCCCCACUCUCCCCCGCCACCACUCCCCCUCAUCCCAGUCGGGCUCCUCCGCCCAUCGCCUUUCCCCCUCCCCUCGGCGGCGCCGCUCCUCCUCCCCCUCCUACCACCGGAGCUCCGCAGCGCAGGUCGGCGCUUCUUCGCCUCUCCACUCUCGGCGCUCCCGAUCGCCUCCCACCUCUCACGACGCCUCCUCUCCACACCGGCGGUCCAACAGGUCCAGCCCCGCCCGCCACCACUCCAGGGGCAGAGAGCGAAGUCGCGGCGACCGAGAACGGACCCCGCCCAUCCAGGAGCGCAGGCACGACCACAGAGACGAGAGCCGCAGCAAACGAGAGAAGGAUCGCGACGAUCGCGACUAUGACUCCGAAGUUCGAGAUGACCGGGAGACCAGAGAGGCCCGGGAGCGACGUGACGCUCGUGAGCGAGCGAGAGACGCAACCCGAGAUUCCCGCGACAACCGAGACGGCAGGGACUUGAAGGACUCCAGAGAGAUCAAGGCGGAGACUCGCUCCAGCCGGGAGUCACUGGAGCGCCGCGACCGCGAACGGGAGAAGGAGCGUGGGAGGGAAAAGGAGCGGGGCGACGCCUACAGGAAGGAGGAGCCGCCUCUGGACGACAGGGCUUAUGGGCGAGGUCACGGGCGGGACGAUGGAGGGAGGAUGGAGAGCAAGAUGGACAGAGCUGAGAGGAACGGCAGAGGGAGGGGGCGGGCCAACGAAGCCUCUGAUAAAGGCUCCAACAGAAACUCCCGCAGCUCCCAACUGGACAGCGGCUACGACAACUGGGAGUCGCGGAGCAGCGCGGUCCGGGACCGGAGCGUGGAGCGGAGCGGCAACGAGAGAGGCUCAGACAGGACUUCGGAUCGGGACCGCUACGAGAGCGACCGCAGAGACCACGCUAGAGACUCGUCCUAUGACCGGAGGGGGGGGCAUGGAGAGAGGGAUCACCGGGACAACCGAGACAGAGGUUCUCCAAACAGAUAUCAGAGGAGAUCCGAGGAGUCAGAGAGGGACGAGCGGAGGACGGACCGAGCGGAGGACAGACGGGACGACAGGGCCCGCGAGAGAGAGAGGGAGCGGGAGAGAGACAGGGAGCGAGAGAGGGAGAAAGAGAAGGAGCGAGAGAGGGAGAGAGAAAAGGAGAGAGAGAAAGAGAGAGAGGCAGAGAGGGAGCGGGCCAGGGAGAGAGAGAGGGAGCGAGAACGGGAAAGAGAGAGGGAGCGGGAAAGGGAGAGGGAGGAACGAGAGCGAGAGAGGGAGCGGGAGGAGAGGGAGCGGGAGAGAGAGAGGGAAGAGCGGGAGAGAGAGAGGGAGAGGAAAGAGAGGGAAAGAGAGAGAGAACAGAGGGAGCGGGAGAGGCAGCGGGAGUGGGAGGAGCGAGAGAGAGGGAGGGAGGAGAGGCGGGAGAGGAGAGAGGGCAGCAGGGACGAGCGGAAGAUGAGCCGUAAAAGGCUCCGGGUGGAGAGCAGCCCCAGCCCCCAGCCUUUGCCCAAGCGAACGGCGCGGGACUUCAGCCCGGCGGACAGCGACGGCUACAAUAGCGGCGAGGACAAAAGUGAGCGCCCGGCCGGCCGCGGGCAGGCCAAGCUCCACCCUCAGCCCCUCCUCCCCAGCCCCGUGUGUCUGCCUCCGUCUGACAGCGGGGAUAAGCACCGUCUGCUGAGCCAGGUGGUGAGGCCUCAGGACCGCUUGUCCCGGUCGCCGCCACGAAGCGCCGCGCCCAGUGAGAAGGCCGCUUACUGGAAAGACGAGGACCGCCGGGGAGCCGGGGACAAGCGGGACGCGCGCGGCCGCCACGACGAGCUGGAGACGCGCGCAGAUCGAGGCCGAGGAGGCGAGAGGCGGGCGGAGUACAUUCCCGAUGCUACGUCAGACUCACGCGGCCGAGGCCGAGACCAAAGAGAAUCAACUCCACCGCCUCCACCUGCAGCGACUCCCACCGUCAGCGAAGACACCGCCGCCGCCCAGUCCCACGAGGAGGGCAAAAAGAAGACGAAGACGCAGAGGAAGGGAGUGAAAAAAGGGCGUAAGGAAGAGGAUAUUCCUGUAGGGGCUGCUCUUGCUCCCACAGAGCCUCCAGCCAGCGUGUCUGCAGACGUCCCUCCGCCUCUACACUCACCGAGAAAAGGAGCCAAGAAGAAGGGACAUGAGAGGAAGAGGAAGCGGUCGCCAGGCGGGGAGUCUGAUGCAUCAGAGGAGGAGACGGCCGUCCAGGCGGCGCCCAGCAAGAGAAAGAGAGGCCCCCGGACGCCACCGCCGUCCAUGAGACCAGAUCGUCAUGCAGCCGCCACCACAAACACCGAGCGCUCCCCGCUUUCCAAAGCGAACAACUUUAGCGAUUGGUCCGAUGAGGAGGAGUCAGACAGAGGAGGAGCGGCAGACACACAAGCCCCGCCCCCUCCUGCUGAGAGGACUCCGUCCGAACCGCUGAGGAGGGGCGCCGGACACAGGAUGGGCCGAGACCGGGAGCGGGGGGGCGCGCCACCCAUCGCCCCGCUGCUCUCCCCGGACCCCCCCAUGCUGCUGCAGACUCUGACGCCGCAGCCGCUGAUGUCCCAGCCGCUGCUGCGGAAACCUCCGCCGGAGCCGGCGCGCAGCAGCAGCAUGGGCAGCAACCAGAGCCGGGCGUCGUCCCGCCGCCCGCGCUCGCCUUCCAGCGAGUCGGCCCACCUGGACGACCCUCAGGGGCCCCGCCUGCGCCGCGGCCGGCUGCAGGGCUCCAACUCUAGAGACCGGGACCGGGACAGAGAGCGGGAGAGAGAGAGAGAGCGGCCGAUGGUGGGCGAUCCUCCUGGGGGCGAGAGGAAAUCCAGAAUCGAUCAGCUGCGGAGAGGGGAGCCCAGCCGCAGCACUUCUUCAGACCGUCAGGAUUCCCGCAGCCACAGCUCCAGGCGCAGCUCUCCGGACUCUGAGAGGCAGGCCAGGUCAAGGUCGCGAGCCGGCUCCUAUGACAGUCGAGAACGGGAGCCUUUCGAGCGAGAGCGGGAUCGUAAGGACUUCCGCCCCCAGCAGAACCAGCAGCAGCAGCAGCCGCCGCCGCCACUGCACCUCCAGCAGCCCGUCCAGCCCCAGAGAGACUGGGAGCCGGAACCCAGGGACUGGCCGAGCCGGGGUCGCGACCCCAUGCUGAUGCGUCCCGGCCGGGAACCGCUGCUAAGGGGCGAGAGGGACAUCCGGGAGCGCGAGCGGCUGCUCCCAGAGGGCCUCAUCCAGCAGCACGAGCGAGAGCGCGAGAGGGAGCGUGACCGAGACGGCCGGGCCGAUCGAGGUGCAGAUCGAGAACGGGAGAGGGUGAUGAUGGACCUGCCGCCGCACGGCGACCCGAGAGCUGCGGCACGAGGCGACGCAAGAGGCGACAUGGUGAGGAGCGACUUCGAGCCUCUGCUCCCGAGAGAAGCCUUCAACCCUCCGGAGCCAGAGAAAUCCAGCAACAGUCACCAUCCAGCUGGAGAUCAGCGCGAGCCGGAGAAGACGGAAAGCAUCGACGGAGAGGAUGAUGGGAAAGAAGAUGAGCAGUCCAUCGCUUCUGUUGGAGAGGAGUAUGAACCCAUCAGCGACGAUGAGCUGGAUGAAAUUCUGGCCGACAGCCAGAAAAAGGAGGAUCAGCAGGAGGAGGAGAAAAUCACAGGUCCCCUCGAUGUGAUCGAUGUGGACUGGUCCAGCUUGAUGCCCAAGCAGAAGCAGGAGCCGCGGGCGGCGGGUGCCGCUUUGCUCCGCUUCACGCCAGGCGCCGUCCUGCUGAGGGCGGGCAUCUCCAAGCGCCUCGCAGGCCCAGAACUCUUAGAACAAGUCAAAGAGGUGUGCAGGUCGGAGCUGGACGAUCCCAAAGAUGCUGACAAGCUCUUUGAGCAUGACCUGGGAGCGCUCAACAUGGCUGCCCUGAACAGGCGGGUGGAGAGGGCCGGUUUACUGAGCAACCUGGGACCCUGCUGUAAGGCGCUAUGCGCUCGCAGGGACUUUGCCAUUCGCCGGCAGCUGUUGAAAAACGAAAAGGGUCAAACGAAGCAGUACCCCACUACACCUGUGGUGGACAACGAGCUGCUCCAGAUGAGCAUCCGUCUCUUCAGAAGGACCGUGGCCGGUCAGACCUCGGCCCCGGAGAGGUCAGAGAGCGGGUCGGCUCCGGCAGGCGAGGCUGCCGAAACGGGCAGCAGCAAGCUGAGCGCAGCUCAACCAGAGGUUUGCGUGUCCUGAGAGUAAAACGCAUUAAAAGUCUUCACCCGAACUUUUACUCUCCAUCACUUUUCUUUACAUAAGAGCCCUGUUUAGUAGUAAGAGGGCGUGACCAUGUGACAGUACUCUAGGACCCCCUGCUGAUGAGCCCAUAGAAGUGUGUACUCUGUAUUCAACAUGUCUAAUUCAUGUUUUUGUGCUGUUUUAAAAGUCAUUUUUAAUUUACGGAUCUUCUCUCGAUUAACAAACUUCGUUUGUUUUUGUAUGUUCUGCAUUGGUUGCUAUAAAUGUGCAUUAAAAUGGUUAGAUCUUCGGGGGGGUUUUUUUUUCUUCUUCUUCUUCUUCUUCGCUUUGUGCAAAACUGACCGUCCAGUCGUGGAAAAUAUGGAACAUUUCAUGUUCAUAACGAAUGAGCAGAUUUGGUGAGGGUAAAAAUCCACAUCCUGCAGAGACUUGAACGAACUUACGACAAAGCACUGCCAAAUUAUUCUGUUGGUCUGUAUAAACAGUAUAAUGUGCUUCAAAUAGCUGAAAUGAAUGGCUUGGCAGUGACUCCAUGACUUGAACUGAAGAGUGUGCAGAGCACUAGCAGGCAAACACUGCCUUGUUGAGUUUCCUUGUCAACCCACAGAAAAGGAAAUUCCCUACAGGAGAAAGCCUGAUGCUUAGCGAAUAAUCAGUGAGGAUGGGAAUGGUGCAGGCCGUGUGUUCUGGCUCUGUUGGCACAGCGGAGGCCUUGGAUUCAGUGCGACUUCACCCUCGCACCACCUUUGUUUCAGGAUUGCGUUACACCCGACAUCAUGAAGACGAGGACAAAUCUGGUUGUAGCGUUGGGACUGCACACGUGAAUGCUAGAAAACAGUUUUUUCUGUGUCAUUUCAAAGUGUACAAGUAAUAUUUGGUGUGGUGUUGACUUGUUUUCUAUUGUAAAAUAAAUGUAGAAUAACAUCCUUA